UUCGCUGACUUCUUCCGUCGAUUUCAAGCGUCUCUUCAGAACAGUUUCAUUAUUCUGAUUGGCGAUCACGGACUUCGUUAUGGUGCUCAAAAAGAUGAAGACGUUGGGAAAUUUGAAGAUUACAACCCAAUGCUCAUGAUAUCAGUUCCGAAGUUCCUACGUCAGAAUGAUCAGCUAAUGAAAAACAUGCGCAAAAACGCUCGUCGACACACGUCUAAUUUCGAUGUUUAUGCAACACUCGUGGAUAUUGCAAAAAUCGGCAAACAGAAUGCAUAUCAGAAUUGGGAUUACCAUGAUUUCAGAUCAUGUGAAGAGAUGGAAGUGGAUGAAUGGUACUGUUUAUGUUAUACGUGGAAAGAUGUCAAGUUGGACAGCGAUCGUGUUCAACGAGCCGGUCGAACUGUUAUCGACACUGUGAAUCGCUUCCUCGAAUCAGAAAAUAUUUCAAGUAUUUGUGCGAAACUCGAAUUUACAAAGGUGAUUCAUUGUCGGCUGCAAAUUAUGAUUUCUUGUGAACAUUUUUCGCAGCACUGCAAUAUUUCAUCGUCUAUCUAUUUUAGACUCUAA